GGCUAGAUAUUGGCUGCCAACCGUUGAUUUCCCAACGGUAAGAACUUCAUUGACGUAUUCCAUCACUGCACCUAAAGAGUAUAUCUCUUUGGCCAAUGGUAGUUUAGAGUCUACAGAGGUUCACGGAGAGAUGAAGACUACCAAAUGGAAGUUGGACUAUCCAUGGUAAAUUUGUUACAGGUACCUUUCUUUUUAUAUAUAUAUAUAGUAUUCACCCAGUCGUUUUUCUAUCGUGAUUAGUCCUUCUUAUUUACUCUGUUUUGCUGUUGGUGAAUUCAUUGAAGUGGAUGACGGUGAAGUCAAUGGAAUGCCUAUUAAAGUAAUGUCUUGCAGUUUCGUUUCACAAUGGAUUUGCUUCCUAACCUUUGUUGAUAAUAGUAUUAUGCAGCAAAGGGCUAUAAGGGGCAAGAUGUAAAGAGAGCCUUUGGCAAAACAGCUUCCAUGGUGCAAUGGUUACAAAAGAAAGUGGGUGUAGCUUUUCCUUGGCCAAAAUACUACCAAAUCUCUUUACCAGGACUUCGAAGUGCUAUGGAAAACAUAUCCCUUGUCACUUGGGUAGAUACUUUUAUUCAGGAUGAAACUCUUGCUUUGGAACGUCAAUUGUUCACAGACUGUGUCAAUAUUCAUGAAAUGGGUCAUACUUAUUUUGGUGAUCUUUUAGUGAUUCGUCAUUUUGAACAUGUUUGGUUAAAAGAAAGUUGGGCCACCUAUAUUGAAUCAUGUUGGCUACAAGAUAACGUUUCAAAAGAUGAAUUUUGUUAUGAAAUGUACCAAAAUGCUUGUGGUUACUUUGAAGAAUGUCGCAAGUACAUGCGUCCUAUCGUGACGCGCAGAUACGAUCAUUCUUGGGACAUGUUUGAUCGACAUACCUACCCAGGAGGUGCUUGGAGAAUUCAUAUGCUCCGUCAACUGUUGGGCGAUGAAGCCUUCUGGAUGGGCGUGCAUAUCUAUGUCGAACGCUUUGCAAAAAAGACAGUUCAAACCUCUGAUUUUCAGAAUUGUCUUGAAGAAGCGUCGGGUCUCAACUUGACGCGUUUCUUUGAGGAAUGGAUUUAUUCUAAAGGUUACCCUGCGUUGAAGGGUCAAUACAGCUACAAUGACUUGCAAAAUAAUACGGUCACCCUCACGCUAACCCAAACACAACACAUGAAUCAAGCGGACAUUCCUUUGUUUGGCUUUGAUAUCGAAGUGAUGAUCAAGACAAAUAAAGACUCCGAAUGUACUUGUCUUUUGACCUUUGAUCGUGCCGCUACAGUGACCGCAUGCAUCGCUUUACCGAAAGGAGAGAAACCAGCUCAAGUGCUGAUCGAUCCUCACAACAAGAUAUUGCAUACGUUGGACAUGCCGUCGGUGGAUAGAGAUGUCCUGAUCAAUACAGCAAAAUCAUGCCCCCACCUUGUUCAACGUAUCUGGGCUUAUUCUGAACUGAUCCAAAGUGGGUCAAGGCCUGCUUUGAAAGCUGUACGUGAACUGAUAAAGCAAGAAUCUUUCUAUGGCGUGCGUAUUGAAUGUGCCAAAAAACUAUCUGAACUCAAUAGCGUCUUUAGUCUUGAAAUUUUAUCUGAACUCUUGGACAAUGAAAAAGAACCGAUGGCCAUGGCUCCGAUUGCUGAAGCCUGUCGUCACAAGGAUGAUCAUUUGAGAUACGCCUUACGUCGGAUGCUUGACAAAAGUGCAACGCUUCCUUACCGUGCUCAUGCCUAUGCUUUGAUCGCUUUAGGAUGUCAACAAAACGCAGAUGAUUUGCCCUUCUUGUUGGAGGUAGCAAAGGACGAAAACAAGGUGGGACAACAUGGCAUUAUUCGUGGUGGUGCUCUGAAAGCCUUGGGCUUCCAUCGUAGCAAAGAAGCAUUCGAGUAUCUUUUAGGUCGUGUAGGUUAUCAUAAGGAACCAUUGCGUUCCAGACCCAUGGCUAUUCAAGGGUUAGCCCAUGCUGCAGAAUGGCAAAGCGACAGGUUACGAAAGGCUGCUAUAGAAGAGCUUGCUUCAUUGACGCGUGAUCCCAACAUACAGAUACGUAUGGAAGCGGUGGAAGCUUUGGUACAACUUCGUGCCAACACGUACGCAGAUGCGAUUGAGGCUACGAAACACAUGUAUCCUGUAGAUGAUUGGCCAUGGAUGGAUCGUCAAUUGCGUGCACUCAAUAAUGCAGAUGGCGAUCUCUCGGAAAUAGGAUUACAAAAGAAGGCUAUUGAAAAGUUAGAGAAUCGUGUCAAAGAAUUAGAGGAAGCACUCUCUGCUCAGAAAGCUUGAAAAAAUGGUCAACGCCUCCAAAUGUUUGAUUUAUGUUGAAUGAAAUAAAAAUGAUGGGUAUCUCGAAAGGUUUGAACGAUAGUAAUAAAAAGGAAUAGUAAUAGUAGUAGUGGUAGUAGUAGUAAUAGUAAGUUGUAGUUUAAACUGUUUUGCAUAUCCGUCAGAAAUGAUAGCAAAACGAUGCAUU